GAAGGUGAGAGCGGGGCAGCUUCGGGGCGAUCUGCGCUCCGGCUCCGAGGCGGUCCGGGCUUUGGGGAGGGACUUCUGGGUGUAGCCCCGGGACAGAUACUAGACAGAGUGCGUCCCGGGUUAGGGCGAAGCGGAGGGCGGCCUGAGGCUAGAUCACCCGGAGGACUUCCCGGGUGGGGGCGGGGCAGGGGCGGCUCAGGGAUAUUGGUCGCUUUCACCUUGGGGAGGGACUUGUGAGCACCCCGCGUGGCCUGAGGCUAGACUGCAGGAAGGACUUCCUCGAGUUAGAGAGUUCCUACAAAAGGCGGUCCAGGGUCAGGAUGGCGUGCUCCAACCUCUUCCGCCGUUUGAACUCCUCCCUGAGCCAGGCUCUCUGCCUAGCCCUGAAGAUGCAGCAGGACCAGCGCUGUUCCAUGGCCACACUCAACCAGAUGCACCGCCAUGGCCGUCCCAAGUGGCCCCCAGCCAGCCCUGGCCCCAUGAACGGCUGUCCCCAGCUCAAGGCUGUGGUGCUGAAGACCAUGAUUCGCAAACCCAAGAAGCCCAACUCCGCCAACCGCAAGUGCUGCCGUGUUCGUCUGAGCACAGGCCGAGAGGCCAUCUGCUUCAUCCCUGGCGAGGGCCACAGCCUACAGGAACACCACGUGGUCAUGGUGCAUGGAGGCCGCACCCAGGACCUGCCGGGCAUCAAGCUCAAGGUCCUGCGGGGCAAGUACGACUGUGGCCACGUGCAGAAGAAGAAGAAGUGAUAGGGAGGAAGGCCUGUGGCCAUGCUUAGGGGCAGCUGGCACGGAUGGACCCACAUGGUGGGAGGCCCAGGCUACAAAUAGGCAAAUAACACCAUCAUGAUGACCCUUUACUUGUGUCUAGCUUCUUCCAGUUUCCAAAGCGCUCCUAUGUCCAUCCGCCUCUUACAAUUGUCCUGUGAGAUAGGCUGGGCAGGUGUCACCCCUACUUUACAGGUGAGGAACACUGAGCCCCAAAGAAAGAAACUUGUCUGACACGAAGUCAGUCUGAGGUAGGUUUUUCAGGCUGGGUAGGGGAGUGGUCUUCUGGUUGGCCCUCCCAGGACCCCUGUGACAUUUGGGCAGUGACAGGCCUGGCCGGACGACCCCCAUCUCUUACGAGGGAAAAAUGAUUCAGUCAGAUGGUGCUAGAAGGAAUAUAGACCCUGGUAGGUGUUAAAGAAGGCAGGCAGCCUGUGUUCCCCACAAACCUGAGUGUGGUAGUCUGGGCUUCAGGGGCUGCCUGAGCAUGGAAGAAGAGGGCCCGGGCUGCAAGAGUUGGAGCUGGCCAAGGAGGGCUUGACCUGGGUCUUGGAGAAAUGGCUUUGGAGAAGGGGAGGAGAGAAGGUGUCCCCAGUGGGGUAGGAGUGACAGACUGGGGACACCCCCCAGUGAGGGAGGGGGUGUGCUAGGAUGACCCCAAAGGCUGUGAAAUCAACCAGUGGAAUGUUGAAAAGGCAAGCCCCCAUCCACCCUCCCUACCAGGGUGUCACCUGUCUAGCCCAGGAGAAUUCCCCACUGCCCACCACUGCCAGGUCAGCUGCUGGCUGUGGCAGAGAUCUCUCGGGCCAGGCUCUGCUUAGGGCUGUUUUGGUUUAGGGUGAGACAGUCACACAGGAAGAGCAGGCUUGGAAAGCUUGGCAUCAACAGGACAUUUCAUUACUUUAUCUUUCCCCUUAAACUUACCCCUUUUCCAAACUUCCUUAUUCCUGCUGGCAUCACCAUCCUUGUAGUCAGCUUCUGGCACCUUCCAAUCCUUGUUGCCAAAUAUUGUUCCUGUACAACAUUUCUGCAGCCCUUCCCUUCUAGUCAUCCUGAUGCUACCCUAGUUCAUGCCUUUGGCCCUGAGCUGUCUCCCUCAAAUCUUACUCAGUUGGCUGCCAGAGGGAUCUUCCUGAAGCCCACCUCACCCCCUCCUCAGCUCCGGUGCCUUCCUGUCAGCCCCACGUUCAAACAGAAGAUCCUUUUUGGCUCUUAAAGGUCUUCAUGAAACGGACCUGCUGCGCCCUUGCCGUGGUCUCCACUUCCUGCAGCCUUGAUGCUGGUUCUCACACUCAUACAAAAAGGCAACUCAGCUCCACAGGCAUCCCUAAAAAGAGAACUGGGUUAGAAAAAUAAGGAGGGGAGAGGGAAAACCAAUUCACUUCCCAGUCAGUCAACUGUCAGGUGCCUACCUGUGUGCCAGGCCUGUGCUAAGUACUGGGGAUACAAAGAGAGGCAAAAGACAGCCCCUGCCCUUAAGGAGCUUACAGUGUAAUGGAAAAGACAACACACAACUAUAUACAAAGCAUGUUUUAUACAGGAUAAAUAAGAAAUAAUUAAUGGAGUAGAAUUUUAGCUGGGACUUAAGAGAAAGCCAGGGAAGUCAGUGGGCAGAGGGGGAGGAGGAAGAGCUUUCUAGGCCUGGGGGAGAGGCAGAGAUGGAGGGUCUCAUUCCUGGAGCAGCCAGGAGGGUGGGUGGAAGAGUACCUGGAGGUUAUUAAGCUGUAAGGAGGCCCAGAAGGGUAGGAGGGGGUGAGGGUUUUGUAUUUGAUCCUGGAGGCGAUAAGGAGCCACUGGGGUUUUUUGAGUAGGGAGUGUUAAGGAGGUGGGACCUGGGUUUUAGGAAAAUCCCAUUAGUGGCUGAAUGGACUGAUUUGGACUGGGGAGAGAAACAGCAAGUAGAUCCCUUAACAGACUUAUUGGAAUAAUGCAGGUGGGAGGUAACAAGGGCCUGUACCAGAUGGUGGGCAGUGUCUGAGGAGAGAAGGGGCUAUGGGAUGUUGGGAGAUGAGAGAUAGUGAGGGGUCCAGGAUGACUCCUGGGUUGUGAGCCUGAAAGCCUGGGAGGUUGCUGCUGCCCUCUACGUUGUUUGGGGGGAAUGAUGAUGCACGAGUUCUAACCAGAUGGCCAGCUGGAGAUGUCUGAAAGGCAGUUGGAGAUGCAAGAUUGGAGGUCAGUAGAGAGUCUGAGCCAGAAAAGGUAAAAGAAAGCUCACAGCAUAGAGAUGGUCAUUAAAUCCAUGGGAGCUGAGGAGAAGACCAAGUAAGGUAGUAUGGAGAGAGGGCUGGGAAAGAGCCUGGAGGGAUACCCAAGGUCAGAGGGUGUGAUCUGGAGGAGGAUCGGGCAGAGAAGGAGACUUUUGUCUGGUGGCCACUGAAACAUGACUUCUGAAAAGCCGCUCUGUUCCCUGACUCCUCUGGCUUAUUAGGAUACUGCUUGAAUUGUAUCUCUUCAAUUAAAAAGCAUAUUAAAAC